ACCAACGGUAAGGAACACACGCUCAGCAUCUGAGAAAUAAUAAAGAGUUUCGUUUAAAAUUGUGGAGUUGAUACAUUUUAAAGUGCGUGAACAGACUGUGUUUGGAAACACACGGAAGGAAAUGGCAGGAAGCACCUGAAACCUGUUGCCCUGAACACUAAUACGAGAGGUGAAUUUAUUUUUAUUAUUAUUUUUUUUUAUUAUAUCUUUUUUUUUUACAUUUAGUCUAGAAAAUCUUCCGAUACUCUAAAUAAAAUUACCUUUUAUUUUUCUUUUUCUUUUUUUUUUUUUUUUUGAACGUCAGUUUUCCGCACUCUUUGUUUUCUUUUGGCGUCUUUUGGUUGUGAAUUUUUUACCUUUCCGCCGGAACAUCGGGUGAAUUCACCUGCCAUGUGGAAUUUAAAGCAGAGCAGAAAGGAAACCGAGGUUUAAAAUGUUACUUUGUUACACAUUUUCUGCGGGGAAUGAACUUUCGCCCUUUACACGGUUUGUUUGGUGAAUGAUUGACAGUUCAGUCCACGGAUGCGCGUGCUUUACCACGCCCGUGUUUAGAAUGAUGAUCUGUUUGAAAUGCACGCGCACAGUUGGAAUCAAGCGCGCGCAGUGUCUGGAAUGAAACUUCACUGUGAUUUACAACCUUGUGGACUGUGGACAUGCUGCUGGAGCAAUUAAGUAUGAGGAAACCUGCAGAUAAGCAUCAUUUCGCCAUGGCGACCUCAGGGAUGCACCUGGUUGGGAUUUGGCUACGUGUUCUGCUGCUUUCUCAACUGUCUCGGCUCGGUGACGCUGCCUCUAAGGAUAUAGUGUGCGAGCCCAUCACUGUACCAAUGUGCAAAGGCAUCGGAUACAAUCACACCUACAUGCCCAACCAGUUCAAUCAUGACACCCAGGAGGAAGUUGGAUUGGAGGUGCACCAGUUCUGGCCACUUGUCCGGAUUCGUUGCUCCCCGGAUUUGCUUUUCUUCCUCUGCAGUAUGUACACCCCCAUAUGCCUUCAGGACUACAAAAAGCCCCUGCCACCGUGCAGAUCUGUGUGUGAGAGGGCAAAGAGAGGUUGCUCCCCACUAAUGAUCCAGUAUGGGUUCGAAUGGCCGGAACGGAUGAGUUGCGAGCAGCUGCCCAUGCUGGGUGAUGCUGAUCUGCUUUGUAUGGACCAGAACAGCAGUGAGACCACAACUCUGUCUCCUUCCUUCCCCAAACCCACCCCCAAAGGAACGCCAAGGCAUAGAGCCACAGCGAAAUCUGCACUGCCGCAGAAGUGUGAUCGUGAGUGCCGUUGCCGAGACCCCCUGGUGGCCAUCAGAAAAGAAGUACACCCUCUAUAUAACCGUGUACAUACUGGCUCUUUGCCCAACUGUGCUUUACCUUGCCACCAGCCCUACUUUUCCCAGGAUGAGCGCACCUUCACGACUUUCUGGAUUGGCCUGUGGUCGGUGCUGUGCUUUGUCUCCACGCUCACCACUGUGGCCACAUUUCUCAUUGACAUGGAGCGUUUCAAAUAUCCUGAGCGGCCCAUUAUCUUCCUGGCUGCUUGUUAUCUUUUUGUGUCGCUGGGUUAUAUUGUACGACUGCUCGCAGGCCAUGAGCGGGUGGCUUGUGAGGGCUCUGGCGAUCAACAGCACAUCCUCUAUGACACUACGGGUCCAGCCCUUUGUACAUUGGUCUUCCUGCUCAUAUACUUAUUUGGAAUGGCCAGCUCCAUUUGGUGGGUGGUGCUCUCCUUCACCUGGUUCCUGGCUGCUGGAAUGAAAUGGGGAAAUGAGGCCAUUGCAGGGUACUCCCAGUAUUUCCACCUCGCUGCCUGGCUCGUGCCUAGUGUCAAGUCCAUUGCUGUGCUCGCUUUAAGCUCGGUGGAUGGCGACCCUGUGGCUGGCAUCUGUUACGUUGGCAACCAGAGCCUGGAGAGCCUGCGUGGCUUUGUGUUGGCACCACUGGUUGUUUACCUCUUCACUGGCUCCCUCUUCCUGCUCGCUGGCUUCGUUUCACUCUUCCGAAUCCGUAGUGUCAUUAAGCAGGGAGGAACUAAGACUGACAAACUGGAGAAGCUAAUGAUACGGAUUGGGCUUUUUACCGUCCUUUACACAGUGCCCGCAACUAUUGUGGUUGCGUGCCUGGUGUAUGAGCAACAUUACAGGUCAGGUUGGGAGAGGGCACUGGCCUGUUCUUGCCCGUCCGAGCGCCAGCGGCUGGGCAUGGGUCCGGACUAUGCUGUCUUCAUGCUAAAGUAUUUCAUGUAUCUGGUGGUGGGCAUUACCUCAGGUGUAUGGAUCUGGUCAGGGAAGACUCUGGAAUCGUGGAGGUGCUUUGUGGCACGUUAUGUCCCCUGUAGAACCCAAAAGCCACCCGUAUCGGGCUCGUCCAUGUACAGUGAGGCCAGUACUGCCCUCACAGCCCAAGCCGGAACAGCACCCACUGGGACCUACCACAAAUCAGCACCCUCAUCACAUGUCUGAUCAUUGGCUAGAUAACCCUAAUCCUUCAUAAAUCUUUCAAGCGAGUGACUUAAGUGUACAUGUCAUGACUCUGAGUGAGAAGGUGUCUAUUCAACCUUGUACCAACAGCUCUACAUGUUCCACACUAAGAGUUGAUGGAAGGCACAUAUUUACUAUGAAGGAUUUUUACAGACUCUUAUUUUAUUGUAGUCAAGAUUUUGUCAUUCAUGGAUCUAAUUUGUAAAACAAUGAAAAUGUGUCUACAUUGUCUCACCAGUUCAUGUGAGGUUAAAGAUAAUCAGUGUACAUUUAACAACUGUCACAAGCAUCCUAGAUGUUGUUGUCUGUGGCUUUUAGUUCAUGAAUAAUGGCGAAAAAAUGGCCAAUACAUUAUAUGAACCACAACAGUUCUCAGAUGAAAUGCUACACUUUUUCCAUUAAAGAUUUUUUAGAGAUAUUUAAUUUAUUUGUGUAUUCAUGUAAAUAUGCUAUUCAAGAACAUUGAAAUAUUGCAGGUAACAGUUGCUCUGUUGUGUUUGUGACUUUAUCUGCAUAUUAACAGGAUGUGGGUAGGAUGUUUUUUUGUAGCAUCAGUUUAACACCAAUCUCAGUGAGUGAGAACAACACUUUUUUUUUUCUGCUUAUUCUGUGGGAGUACAAAAUGUAAGAGAAGGGAGGAAAUGCUUAUUUUAACAUAGUGUUCGUGAAAAAUAUCUGACAGUUAUAGCAAAAGUUCAAAUGCAUGACUUUAAUCGUUGUUGCAAGCAGUUCUCAACAGGUCCACACUCACUGACUGUUUAUGAGGGUCCCUUAACUGUCCCUUUGCAGAUCUUGUAUUUCAAAGAUUAUCAGAGCUAUUUUCCCACUGAUAAUAGAUUGUUGGUUAGCAUCAAUUGGACCGUGUUAAAUUGUAGAAUGUGUAUUUCCAAGAUCAGUAGGGCAGUUAGGAGAGUAAAUAGUUUUGUAAUCUGAGCUUGACUUCCCUCUUGUGGUCAGUGGUUAAAUUUUCUAAUGAGGUUUACUUGUUACCCCAGCAGCCAUAACAAGUUUACCCAACCACACUCUUAUUUUCUUUUAAAGGAAAGACUGGUUUCAAAUCAUUGAAAAGCAUGUCUCUCUAAAUAUUGUUUUUUAUUAUUAUUAUUUUAUUGUCCAGCAUCAUGAUCCAGUCUUUAUAUUUUGCAUGUCAUUUCUCCAGUGCUUUUUUUUGGAUUUUUAAUCCUGUGUUGGGUAUGCAUCUGUAAAACCAUGUUGGUUUUGUAAACCUGUGUAAAUGUCUAUUUUUCCCAAGAGCUUCAAGUGAGCAUUAAGGUGCGAAUAUAAAUAUUUUGGUCUCUUUUUACUGUACAAACUGGUGUAGAAAUUACUUCACCUCUUUUGAAUUUUGCUUUUCAAAAUUAUCCCAAGUGAACUGUAAGCUGAACAUCUAGUCUGUCUCCUCUGCAUUACUUACAAUUUUGUUGAGUCUGGGUGUGUAUAUAUACUUCUAUAAAAGAUGUUCUUUUAAUAGUCCAGACUGCAACUUUGUACAUAUUUUGUUCAGUAAAAAAUAUCAAAUUCCCUGCUACAAUGUUAAAAAGAUUCUUAGAUAUUUAUGAAAAGUGUCUUUUACAUGUUUUUGUUUCUCUUACUGGUAGAGAAUAAAAGUGAGGAGCAAUCUGCAAACCUGCAAAUCAAA